UAGGAAGUAACUCUUUAAUCUCAACACGUCUCUACACGUGUUGAUUGCUCGCAGUUUAUUCUCAGCAAUUAUUUUAUUUAUUUUAAUUCCAUUUUUAAAUCAAAUUAAUUAAAACACACACAGACAUGGGACGGAAAAGAGAUUUGGAACGGCCCAAACCAGGACCUGGCAGAAAAACUAAAAAACAAUCAGAGCCAAAGCUUCCGAGAUCUUUACAAGAGAAAAAAGACUUCAAUGAAUUAAGUCAUCGUCAGAAACAGAGAUUGAAGAAAAGAAUUGAAAAAAAGAGAAAUCGUGAAGAAAAAUCAACUCUAAAAGAAGAAGCUAAACAGAAGCUUAAAGAAAAGAAGAAAGAGAAGAAAAUCUCCAGCGAAUCUGAUGAGGAAUCCUCUGAGGAAUCCUCUUCAGAAGACAAGGCUGAGGAAACCCUUAGUCCCAAACCUGAGCGCAAACCCCUUUUUGAAGCUGACAGUGAUGAUAGUGAACUCCCAGAUGACGAGAUUCCUGGUAUCAGCAGUGAUGAUGAUGAGGAAGAAGAAGAAGGCGGGGAUAAGGCAGAUGAUGAUGAUGAGGAGGAGGAUGAUGAGGAAGACGAUGGUGAUGCAGAAGAGGCUGAUAGUACAAGUGAUGAAGACGAUGAUGAUACUGGUGAUGAUGAUGACGAUUUGCUUCCCAUAGAGAAGAAAUCUGCAAAGAUACGGAAGAAAGAGAAGCGAGAUGCUGAACUCGGGGAAGAGGAAUUGAUGUCCAGCAUCAAAAAAACCGAAAAGUUUGUUCUGCCCUCUGGUCAAGAAAUUGAAGCUGAAGAAAAAUUAGUUCCAGACCUGGUACUCAUUCAGCACAGAAUACGAGAAGUUAUUCAUGUUUUGGCAAAUUUCAAAGAGAGACGACAGGAAGACACGUCUCGAUAUGAAUAUGUGGCAAGAUUGAGGAAAGACUUAUGUAAAUAUUAUAAUUAUAAUGAAUACCUUAUGAUGAAAUUGAUGGAGAUCUUCCCCUAUCAGAUCAUUGAAUUUUUGGAAGCCAGUGAGGUGGAACGUCCAGUUACCAUACGGGUCAAUACUCUGAAAACACGCAGAAGGAAUUUGGCGCAGGCAUUAAUCAAUCGUGGCGUGAAUUUGGAUCCCUUGGGAAAGUGGACAAAAGUUGGUUUAGUUGUUUAUGAUUCCCAAGUCCCUAUUGGUGCUACCCCUGAGUACUUGUCGGGUCAGUACAUAUUACAAGGUGGAUCAAGUCUGUUACCAGUCAUGGCACUGGGGCCACAAGAGAAUGAGUUUGUUUUAGACAUGGCUUCAGCCCCAGGAGGAAAAACUACACAUAUUGCUGCUCUGAUGAAAAACACAGGUAUAUUAUUUGCCAAUGACAGCAACAAGACUCGAUUAAAUGCAGUUAUUGCCAACCUUCAUCGCAUGGGGAUUAUGAAUGUCGUUGUAGCCAACUAUGAUGGUCGCAAUAUGAACAAAAUAGUGAAUACAUUUGAUCGUGUGUUACUAGAUGCCCCCUGCAGUGGUACUGGGGUUAUCUGUAAGGACCCUACAGUGAAAAACACCAAAGACCAAGACCAAAUUAACCGAUGUUCCAAUAUGCAAAGAGAAUUGUUACUAUCUGCUAUUGACUGUUGCAAUGCCAAGUCUAAAACUGGUUCCUAUAUUGUCUACUCAACUUGUUCAGUUUUGGUUGAAGAAAAUGAAUGUAUUAUUGAUUAUGCUCUGAAGAGACGCGCUGUAAAACUGGUUCCAACAGGACUGGAUUUUGGUGAGAAAGGAUUUCCAAAAUUCCAAAGACAUCGGUUCCACCCGAGUAUGAACCUGACGCGGCGCUACUACCCACAUACCCAUAACUUGGAUGGUUUCUUUGUGGCAAAGCUGAAAAAAUAUUCCAAUGAAAACCCUAAUGCAGCAAAGAAUGAGGAACAGUCUACGGAAACACCGAAAUCUAAAGAUGGCAAAGCAGAUGCCACCACCAAACCUGUGAAUAACACCCCCAACAACAACAAGUAAAGAAAGGCAACCACGCACAAUCGAAAUCGAAUCCUUACAAUUCACGAGGGACGAAGCGCAAGCAUGAAGAAAGUAACGACAAAAACAAGAACAACAACAACAGAAACAAAUGGAAGAAAAGGAAGACUGGUCAAGCAAAGAAAUUCAAGAGUCCUAAGAAGAAAUUCAUCCG